GAGAAGGAAAAAUGAAAAAUCUCACAAUUUACUUUUUUUUGUUUUGUCUUUGUAUGUUAGGUCAUGUAUCCGGUUCCGGAAUCAGGAUCAUGAACGAACUCAAAAAUAAAAAAACUAUUUGGAUGAGGUGUUCUUCUAAAGAAGAUGUAUUGGGCCCAACGGUAAUACCAAGCGGGGGAGAAUUUGUAAAUAAUUUUAAUAGAAACAUUUUCGGUAGAACCCGUUUUAUGUGUACAAUAAAACAAGGGCCUACAUUUAAACGUAUUCUAAAUUUUAGAGCAUUUAAAGAAGGAGGUAAGUGGGAUUGGAGAGUCAGAGAAGAUGGGAUUUAUUUAAAAAGAACCGUAGGUAGAUUUACUAACAGUACAGAAGAUCUCCAUAAAGAUCUAGAUUGGAUAGUAUAG